ACUUGAUCUGGAUCUGCUUCCACAAGCCAAGGAGCCGGUGUGUUCCCGGGAUGGGGAUGCAGAGCUGUUGGAGAGUUCUGCUGGGGUGGAUAGCUGUAGCAGGUAUCGCGGUGGAGAAUAUCUCUGGACAACAGUAUGCAAGAAAGUUUGAAGCUCAAAGAUUCAAUCCAAAUGAAAUGAGGACAGCGACCAACAGAGUGAGACGGAGAGGACAGCAUGAUAUGUUGAGAGGGCCAAAUGUCUGUGGAUCUCGAUUUCACUCUUACUGUUGCCCCGGAUGGAAAACUUUACCUGGUGGAAACCAGUGUAUUGUCCCUAUCUGUCGGAACACCUGUGGUGAUGGAUUCUGUUCACGUCCCAACAUGUGCACUUGCUCCAAUGGACAAAUCUCACCUAGUUGUGGAACAAAAUCUCUCCAACAAUGCAAUAUCAGAUGUAUGAAUGGAGGGAGUUGUGCUGAAGAUCACUGCCAGUGCCAGAAAGGAUACACAGGAACUCACUGUGGACAACCUGUCUGUGAAAAUGGUUGCCAGAAUGGUGGUCGUUGUAUCGGUCCAAACCGUUGUGCCUGUGUGUAUGGGUUUACUGGUCCGCAGUGUGAGAGAGAUUACCGAACUGGUCCUUGCUUCACCCAAGUGAAUAAUGAGAUGUGCCAGGGUCAGAUCAGUGGCAUUGUUUGCACCAAAACACUUUGCUGUGCUACAGUUGGCCGAGCAUGGGGCCAUCCCUGUGAAAUUUGCCCAGCUCAACCCCACCCCUGUCGUCGUGGUUUCAUUCCGAAUGUCCGCUCUGGUGCUUGCCAAGAUGUUGAUGAAUGUCAGGCAAUCCCAGGCAUGUGCCAAGGUGGAAGCUGCAUCAACACUGUUGGCUCCUAUGAAUGCAAAUGUCCUGCUGGUCACAAACAGAGUGAAACAACUCAGAAAUGUGAAGAUAUUGAUGAAUGUCAAACAAUCUUUGGUGCCUGUGAUAGAGGCGAGUGCACGAACACUAUUGGCAGCUAUUACUGUACCUGCCCCCGUGGCUAUGUAACAUCGGCAGAUGGUUCUCAGUGCAUCGUUUAA